AGCGCCAAGGACGUUACAUGAACUUUGGUCAGACUGGUGUAGAAUUUUAGUUGAAAUCUCUUGCUGUGACACGCCAAGAAGGCUCAACAUGAGCGAAGCUAAUCUUUCCGCUGUGGUUGUGGAGAAAGGCAAGCUGAUAUUGGAAGAAGGGCCCAUUCCCCAACCAGGCAAACAUGAGGUCCAACUUGCGAUACACUCUGUGGGCAUCUGCGGCACGGAUGUCCACGUCCUCACGGAAGGGUCCCUCGGCAAGUUCAUGCUGACCGAUCCCAUGGUCUCCGGCCACGAGGCCAGCGGAACAGUGCGGCAGGUCGGAGAGGGGGUGACCCAUCUAGCAGUCGGCGAUCGGGUGGCCGUAGAGCCGGGUAUAUCGUGCAGGUACUGUACCAACUGUAAGGCGGGUCGGUACUACCUGUGCCCCCACCUGGAGUAUCCGGUCCAUGGCUUAAUGUGCAGGUACAAAGUCCACCCUGCCGACCUGUGCUACAAGCUGCCUGAUAACGUGAGCCUGGAGGAGGGGGCGCUGUUGGAGCCUCUGUCGGUGGCUGUGCACGCCUGCAGCAGGGCAGGGAUUACUGUAGGCUACAGGGUCUUCAUCAGCGGAGCAGGGACCAUAGGCCUGGUGUGCCUCCUGGCGGCGAAGGCGAGGGGUGCAGCUAAGGUUAUCAUUUCCGAUGUCAAUGCCAAGAGGCUGGAGGUCGCUCAGCAGAUGGGAGCCCACGUGACCGUGCACGUGACGUCACGUGACAGGCAGGCAAUGGCGGACCAGGUGGUUGGAGCUUUGGGCGGGCAUGCUGACGUCACCAUGGAGUGUUCCGGGGCAGAAGCCGCCGUACAGACAGGGAUAUAUGCCACUAAGUCCGGGGGCGUGAUGGUGCAAGUCGGUCUGGGCGCAGACAUGAUCACCAUCCCGCUUGUUGACGCUGCCUUGAGGGAGGUCGACAUCAGGGGCACCAAUGCCUACCCAAACUGCUAUCCUACCGCCCUGUCCAUGGUAGCCUCGGGCCAGGUGAACUUGAAGCCUCUGGUCACUCACCGCUACAGCCUGGAACAGGCGCUGGAGGCCUUCGAAGCCGUGAAGAAAGGGGAAGGGAUCAAAGUCAUGGUGAAGUGUGACAAGACCAAUGUUUGA